GAACACUCUCCUGCCUCUGGAGUAAAGCACUGUUAACUAUGGAGACAGUUCUCAAAUCCCUGUUCUUUCUCCUUGUGGCUACCUCAUUCACUCUAGCAAAAGAACGGAAGCCACAAACACUCUCCAGAGGAUGGGGCGAUAAUCUUGAGUGGGUUCAGACGUACGAGGAAGGCUUGUUCAAAGCAAAAUCAGAGAACAAACCAUUGUUGCUUAUUAACCACAGAAACGACUGUCCCCAUUCUCAAGCUCUGAAGAAAGCAUUUGCUGAACACCAAGGCAUCCAGAAACUGGCUGAAGAGUUUAUUCUUCUCAAUGUUGUUUAUGACCCUACAGAUAAGAAUCUUCAGCUUGAUGGCCAGUAUGUUCCCAAGGUUGUGUUUGUAGAUCCUUCCCUGGUUGUCAGAGCAGAUCUCCCUGGGAAAUACUCCAACCACCAGUACACCUAUGAACCAGCUGAUAUUGAUCAUUUGUUUGAGAACAUGAAGAAAGCUUUGGUGCUGCUGAAAACAGAACUGUAAAAACCGAAUAUAUCACAGGAGAUUUUAUCAUGAAUCGACUAUGAUGAUAGCGGAGGUGUAUGCUAAAGUGAUGUUGCAAUAUGUCCAAGAACACACAAAUUUAGUGGUGUAUGAAGGAGACCAUUGUUUUUUGUCUUUUUAAAUGUGUUAUUUUUGCUUCAUCUGAAUGCAAAAUGAUUUUUUAAAUAAAUCUGUCUGGGGUUAUUUAUAAA